AUGGACGCAGAAUCUGUUUCGAAAUCAAAUUUAGAAGAAUUACGUGCUCGUCUGAAGGAACUAUAUCAAGAUGCUGAAAGACUUAUGUCAGACUACAAAAAUCGAGAUUUGUUGAAAUCGAAAAGUGCUAACAUUGACAAACGGUUCACAGAGUAUUCAAAUGCGCAUGAAAUUCAUGUGAGUACUUUACGUUCUGAAGAAGAUCGGAGAAAUGUCAGCAAAUUUUUCCAGUGUGAAUUGCGUGAGUUUCAAGAAUUCAAUGUGCACGUACGCGAUUGGUUCAAAAAGUCUGACGUUGAUGGCCAUAAAUCAUCGACACAUAACCCUAAAGCACGUUCUAUAAUUUCUGGAAAAAGUUCCCGUCGUUUAUGUGCCAGUUCAAGUUCGAGUACUAAACGUACAGAAGCUAUUGCCAUUAGAGAACUUGCUCAUGCUAGUAUUUGGCAGCAAGUAGAAAAAGAUGCCGCAAAAAAGCGAGAAAUUGAUGUGAAAAUGGCAGCAGAGAAAAUGAAAUUAGAUGCCCAAAUUGAAGCUGAAAGGCUGGAACGUGAAGCUACAGAAAAUGCUAAAAGGCUGGAACGUGAAGCUAUAGAAAAUGCUAAAAGGAUGGAACGUGAAGCUACAGAAAAUGCUAAAAGGCUGGAACGCGAAGCUAUGGAAAAUGCUAGAAAGCAAGAGCAGGAAGCUCGAAUGAAGGCUGAAAAGCUUAAACGUGACGCUGAAAUAAGAGCUAGACAAAUCGAAGGGGAUGCUCAAAGUGUAACAAAGCGUUUGGAAUUGCAGCAUGUAUAUGAAUCAGCCUGUAUAGCAGCCAAUGUAUGGGAAAAUGCUUCUCAGGGAGGCGAAGGUAUGUCAUUAUAUGAAAAUAUGUCUCGUUCACAUUCACCUAAUCAAAUCCAAGAGGUGAAUGAAAUAGGAAUGCCGGUAUCGAAGCCUUCAGAUGUGAGACCUAAAUUGCCAGCAUCAGAUUUGUUAUCUCAAUCUCGAGUCAGAGUGGACAAUCAUGUAUUGAAUGUUAGAAGACCUGUUCUACUGUUAAUAUGA